AAAGAAAUUUCCUAAAAAUAACUUUGUCCAUUUUUGUUUUCUCAUUUCGAGUCAUGAAUUGGGUCUAGACAAAUUGCGCUGGACUUCAGCUCGUCAUAUUUGAGUUGGGCCAUCAUCCUUCCAUCGAGAUCAUCAUCAUCUUCAUCACAACCAUCUUCCGAUUUUGGCUUCAGAGCUUGAGAGCUUACACAAAAAUGGCGAGUUCUUCGCCUUCAUCCGGCAAACGCCCCAAAUCCGAAGCAGAAUCCGACGAAGAAAACAAAAAGGAGCAGGAUGAUUGCUGCGGAAUUUGCUACGCCGAACGCGGAGUUUCAGUUCCAGGUGAAAUUGAUUCCUGCAACCACUAUUUUUGCUUCGUUUGCAUCAUGGAAUGGGCCAAACACGAAUCUAGAUGCCCAAUCUGUCGCCAGAGAUUCUCCAUCGUUCGUAGACUCCCUAAGCUUGGCGUCUUUUCUUCCUCUCGGGACGUUAAGGUCCCUCUUCGUGACCAGGUUUAUCAUCCUCAUGGAAAUAUGACUAGUGGUCCUGUUGGUUCUAAUGCUGAACUCAAAUGCUGUGUUUGCCUUGUUGCGAAAGAUGAAAAUCUUAUAAUAAUAUGCGACCUUUGCGAUAUGGCUUCACAUACUUAUUGCGUUGGCUUGGGCUACUCCGUUCCUGAAGGUGAUUGGUUUUGUCAUGAUUGUGCUGUUUCACGCGAGACUAAUGCUAAUGAUGGGUUAGACUUAGACCAACAAACUGUUGAGUUGACGGCUGAGCCUGGUGUAACUGUUUUAGAUAUCGUGAGAGAAACAGGUAGCCACGUGGCUAGAAGACCAAUGAUAUCUUCUAUUCGACAAAACAAUUCUUUAUCUACUGCUAUUCCUUUAGUUGAUAGAGUGAAUAGAUCCGAAGGGAAAAAACCUGUGACGAAUGAACAACGUGCGCAAUGUAAUGUUCAGGCGCUUCGUGAAAAUUGGAAUUCUUUGAGAAGUGGUUCAUUGAAGUUCGAUAGAAAAUCAUUUCAAUCUGGUGGCACGAGUAGUCAAAAACAUGAUUCUAGUUCUUUAUCACGUGGUGGUUCACACUCGAUUGCUUCCACAGGCCGUCAACAAUCCACAGUUCAAGGCGCUCAAUCUAGUAACAUGGGGAAUGAUGGUGACUUGAAAUAUGAUGUUCACAAAGCUUGGCAAAUGAUGGAUAGAGCAAAGACGGUGAAACAGACUCCUAGAAGAACUAGCAGAAUUACACAGGUAGUGGAUGAUGAUCCCUCGUGUAGUGGCGCUAAAGAAAAAUCAUUUGCACCUCGUAGUUGCCUAGAAUUAAAAAAUCUACAGCCUAGAACAUUAGACUUUAGAUGCACCAGAAUGGAGGAGCAGUGUGGCUAUUCUAGUCUUACAAAAAAAUUGGAAAAUCACUUGUCUCCUUUGUUGGGAGAAAAAAGGAAAAGUAGGGUCUUAUGCGAGGAGAAGAUACAGCAUUUGAAGGACCAUACUAGUACUAGUCAUUCUGUAAGAUGCAGGGAACGACCAUUGCUCGGUAAGGCCCAUACUGGUACCCACAGUGCUCCCCGUGACGAUGAUAGAAAUUCUGCGAGGGAACAGGGGCAGUCUGCUUACUUGGUAACUUCAGUAGUAGGUUCAGCAUCAUCUAGUGGCAAAUCUGACAGUUUGUGCGCCUCUAAUAAGGAUGUGGAUAUUUUCAAUAAAGAAAAGAGAUUUAAAGGCUUUGGGAAUGAGAUCACAAAAAAUACUGAAGAUGCAAAAACAGAAAUCCAGUCUCUUGUUAAACUGAAUCUGAAGUGCUUAACUAGAGAUAAACAAUUAGGUGUCGAAACUUUCAAGGGAGUUGCGAGGAAAGCCACACAUACCAUCUUGGCUGCUUGCCAUUCUGAGCAGCACAAGUCUAAUAUAUGCUCCUCAAGCUCUGUAUGCAGCCAUACUGACCAUAUUACACAGUUUCAGCAGUCCACUUUAAUGCCCAAUUGUUGCCGACAAUGUUUUCAGGUCUAUGUGAACGAUGUUGUCAAAUCCAUCAUGUUGGAAAAAGCAAAUAUGAAUAUUGCCUUAGGGGGAAAAGGUAUUAUAGAGAUACAGAGCACAGCCUAAUACAUCUCAAUAGGCCCGAUUCGUUAGUAUUCUCAGCAUUGUUUAUGAUCCAUUACACCAGCGGUUGCUUGGUUUGAGAAUACAAAAUGAUUCAUCCAUCAGUGGACGGACACAUGUUUCUCCAUGCUUUCAUCUAUUUUCCUCAUCACCGUUUUGCUUGCCCCUGCUCGUAUACAGGUUCGGAUAACUUUUCUGUUGAAUAAAAAGUCGUUUAAUUUUACAUCUUCAAAUAUUCUGUUUUUUUCUUGUCAGAAAUCAACAUAUAGGGACCCGACUUUGGGUCACUCCUUUGUUUGGAGAAACUCCAAAAUCCAAGUAGGGUAUAAAUUAUUUGUAUGCGUAUAGUUUGAGUAUAAACUACAAUUUAGUUUUGACAGGAUUUUCUAUUAAGCAUUAUUUCUUUGUUUUCAUUCAUUGCUCUUUGUUGUACUGCUAUGGCUUAUUUGCCAAUCUGCUGAAAGGAACGGUAAGAGUACAUGAUAUAUAACUGUUGUGCUUCAUCUGUUUUAGUUUGAAUGUACGAAAGUGUUACUCUUUGUUAAAAUUUGUGACAUGACAUCUCAUCCUUCAAAUGGUUUAAAAUUUUGAUAUCUUCCUAUGGGGUCUGCAAAUAUGUCUGAGCAAAGGUCUAGAGACUUCCAAUUCAUGCCAUGUCAGUACACAUGCUGAAUUUUUUUCAAGUUGUACCAAGUAAGUAGCAUUUUGAACUGUCAAUGAUUAAAUGUUUUUUUGCAUCUCUUUCUCACUUAUAUAAUUGAUUUGUAUGUGAUUUAUUUGUAUGCAUAUGUGAAACCAAACACAAUGAAAGCACAAUUACUUAUUUAUUUGUUUAUAUCUGGAUUUAGUGAAUGGCAGGUAUUUAAAUUGAUCACUUUCUGCCUUUUUAGAAUGUAUGGUUAGGUUAGGGGUAUGUUUUGUUUUACACAAUAGUUUGAGUUGUUCUUUUCAACGACGCAUAUGAAAAUAAAAAUAUAUAAAUUAUAGAAUAUCUUUUCAUACAACAUUUAUAAACUGCAGCCAUUACUUAGUGAUCAUUUUGGCUGAUUAUUAUUUUGGACGUUAUAUUAACUUUUCCUUUGCAACUUUUCAUUUGCAAAAAACAAAGUGCAACUUUUGUAUUGAUCAUUUUGGCACAUAUACAGUGGAAGGUUACUUAAUUUAUACAUCAAUCAUUUCAGCACAAUUAUUGCCUAUUGAAUAUUGAUGUUUUAGUAUUUUUCACUCUGAAGAUUAUACCAACAGAACUUAAUAUUGCAGGCAGUACAUGCUGCACCUUGGUUCUAAUGCAUUUUCUGAUCUAUUGGCUUUGGUUUUGAUGAUCAACAGUGUUUGAAUCCUAAUGAAAAAAGUCAGGAGACUAUCUAAAACAACAGAAGUCAGAGGAGAGGUGUAGAGCCUUAUUUUGUUAAUUCUGAUCCAGUUGGGGAAGAGGAUAAUGGAAUCUCAUGUCUUACUCUUAAAUGCAAUAGCUACAUGUGGAUUAAGUUUCCCGAAUAUUAGUCAUUUUGUGUGAGAAUCAGAUGUUAAAAAGGCAGAGAAGGCAGCUAGAGUACACUACAGGGUGUAAGAUAUGCAGAAGAUAUUAGAGACUCAUCGAGGAGUGGGGCUCCAGUUUAGUUUAGGACUUUAGAAACUGUUGAAGUAGCCGUAGCUUAUAACAGUUGCGCAAAAAAUAAUAUCCAUUGGAUAUUUAUUGUUAUUUUAAUGGUUCUUCUUACUUAUAACAAAAAUUUAUAUUUUAAAAAUAUAAUUAAUUAAUUAAAUUCUAUUAAAUUAAAAUUAAUAAUCUAAUAUCAUACCAUUACCACAUUAAUUAAAUUAAAUU